UGGUACAGAGUGUUGAUGCUUUUGCCGGCAGAACGAUGUGAAGAUCGCUAUUUGGUCCUUGAUGAUGAGACAGGAUCGCCAACCAAUUCUGAAGAAAUUCAACAACCUCAAGAAAGUUCCAAUACUUACCAACUCAAAGACAAGAAUGAAGGAGGAACAAAAGAUGAAGCACCCCUCAAAGUGUUGUACAAAGUCAUUAUAGCUCCCGUGGCUGAUCCUCUUGAAGGAUCUGAGAUAGUUGUUGUCCCUGAUCGUUCACUAUACAGAGUUCCAUUUUCUGCAUUGAUGAACGAGCAAGGCGAAUUUCUGGCAGAAAAGUUCAGGAUUCGUUAUACUCCAUCUUUGACGACUCUCAAGCUGAUCCAAGACAGUCCUGCAGAUUAUCACAGUGAGACAGGAGUUCCCCUUGUUGGCGAUCCUGAUGUUGGUACAGUCAUGUUCCAGGGAAGUGAGUUAACACUUCCUCAAUUACCAAAGGCUAAAGGAGAAGUUGAGAUGAUUGGAAAUAUUCUUAAUGUUCAACCCUUAACUGGUAAAGAAGCUACCAAGGAAGCGGUUCUACAGAAGAUACACUCUGUAAGUCUCAUUCACAUUGCUGCACAUGGUGAAGCUGAGAGAGGUAAUAUCGCAUUAGCCCCAUCCAACCGUGAGAAGGACGACUUUCUGUUGACAAUGGCCGAUAUCUCAGCAGUCAGAUUGCGAGCCAAGCUUGUGGUGCUCAGUUGCUGUCACAGUGGAAAAGGCCACAUCAAAGCUGAAGGAGUUGUUGGAAUAGCACGAGCCUUCUUGGGAUCUGGGGCUCGCUCAGUGUUGGCGUCUCUAUGGGCUGUGGACGACGAAGCAACCAUGGACUUCAUGAAGCAAUUCUACGAGCACUUGGUAGAUGGGAAAAGUGCCAGUGAAUGUCUUCAUGAAACCAUGAAAUGGAUGAGGAAGAAACCUAAGUACUCGGAAGUGAAAGAUUGGGCACCAUUCGUGCUGAUUGGAGAUGACGUGUCAUUCAAAUUUGUGUAAUAAAUUGAAAGAAACUACUUCCUAAAUGAAGGAGGAAGCACCAGGUGUCCCAACACAAUAAACUGUGAACGAUCGAUGCUGUCAUGAAGGAACUCUUAGAGGGAAUACCAGUUCAGCUGAUGCGUACAUUUCAUUAAUUACACUUUUCAUUUUGUAGCAUUAAAUCCCUAUAUGAGUGUUGUGAGACGUGUCAGUCAUUUGAGAACAGCUUCGUAGUAUGUUUAGAAGUGCAAAGCCGAAGACAGCCAGAAAAAUUACUUCGUGUCGCCGAAAAAGAAGCACUGAGAAAAAGAAGUGAAUACCACAUUUUAAUUAAGUGAAUGUGAAUAUUAAUACUGAUUUAAAAAGCUGUAUUUCUUUAAAGGAGUUUAAAAUGCGACUUUCAUGAUCAUAGUAAUUGAAUCUCGUGUGUCAUUUAAAAAAUAACUAGAGUUCUCUGAUUGUUCAUAUUGAAGAAAAAGUUUAAUUGGAAACAGAUCUGAAAAAAAUAGGAAUUAAACCCUGAAUCAUUCAAGUUCGUUUUUUGUAAUCCCCAAACGUUAACCAUCCUUGCUCCUUUUUUAAUCUCUUACUUAGCUUUUAUACCAGAAGGAAACUCCUUCAAUCAUUAAUAAGAACAAUGUGGGCAAUUUCUCCCUCAGGCUGUAUCUCCAUAAGUACGGGGUUAAAGUAUUUUUUGAUAUGCUGAUAGCGAACACCUCGGUUGAGGAGCAAAUGAACGUUUAAAGGUAAUCUGUAUAUUAAAUAGAGAUUUUUUAUCAUUCAGUUCAAAAUUUUACUUAUCUCCCUUGAUGUGAAUGCGAUGGCUUUAGUUUCUCUGCUCUAAGAGUGAAAAGGAUCCUAUUUCUCCUUAUAUCAUUACUGCUUAACCAAACAUCACAUGGUCAUGAGAAUAAAGGAAAUUAUCAUUAUCACCAAGAAGCUUGCCAUUGUUAAACAAAUUCUCCUUGUCAUCACCGUAAGAACUGUAUAGAGAACGGUAUUGAGAAUAAAGAUAUACAUGCUGAC